AUGCGUGUUCCCACGCGCGGGAGAGCCGUGGCCUGCCUCCUGUGGCUGCUGUUGCUGUGGAGCGGGGACGGCGGCUGUCGGGCCCAGAGGGCAGGCAGUGAUCAUGUCCCUGCCGUGGUGGACACUCGGGAAUCAUUGAUUCAUGUCCUGCUCUACUCCCUAAUGGUUAACGUCCCAGGAGAACACGAGUGUCUGAGUGAGCCCCUGCCCACCGCUGGCCACAGACCCCACAUUGCUGAUCCCUGCCCCCACCUGUCCUCUCACCCUUCAAGUCUCAGUGGAGGCGUCCCCGACCCUCCAACCAGCUUGGGGCCCGCUGUGUUCAUCCCGGCCUCGCCUUACAGCUUCCCACUGGCUCUCAUCACCUGCUGGAGAUACGUGCUGUGCCCCAGCGUCCGUGUGCAAGGAGACCGAUUUAAGCACACCAAUGGCGACAGCAAGGAAAUCACAGGUUUUGACCUGAUGGAUUUGUUCCGUGUGAAGGAGAUCCUGGGGAAGAGAGAUAACGGAGUGCAGAGUUCCUAUGUCCGGAUGGGAUCCUUCCCUGUGGUGCAGAGGACAGAGGAUGUGUUCACACAAGGUUUGCCUGAUGAGUAUGCCUUUGUCACCACCUUCCGGUUCAGGAAAACGUCUCGGAAAGAAGACUGGUACAUCUGGCAGGUCAUUGACCAGUACGGGAUCCCACAGGUCUCCAUCCGGCUGGAUGGCGAGAACAAGGCAGUGGAGUACGAUGCCGUGGGCGCCAUGAAGGACGCCGUGAGGGUGGUGUUCCAAGGCCCCCGGGUCAGUGACCUCUUUGACCGGGACUGGCACAAGAUCGCCCUGAGCAUCCAGGCCCAGAAUGUCUCCCUGUACAUCGACUGUGUGCUGGUGCAGACGCUGCCCAUCGAGGAGCGGGAGAACAUCGACAUCCAGGGCAAGACCGUGAUCGGCAAGCGCCUGUAUGACAGCGUGCCCAUCGACUUUGACCUGCAGCGGAUUGUGAUUUACUGUGACUCCCGACACGCGGAAUUGGAGACUUGCUGUGACAUCCCCUCAGGCCCGUGCCAGGUGACUGUGCUAACGGAGCCUUCGCCCCCGCCCCAGCGGCCUCCCACCGUGGGCAGUGAACAAAUCGGGUUUUUGAAGACCAUCAACUGCUCCUGCCCGGCUGGAGAAAAGGGCGAGAAGGGGUCCGAUGGUCCCGUGGGACUCCCCGGCCCAAAGGGAGACACGGGAGCCACUGGGUUGGCUGGAGCUCCUGGACCCAAGGGAGAAAAAGGUGACAUGGGCAGGGGGCCUUUUGUCCGCGGAGAGAAGGGUGAAAAGGGUUCCCUGGGCCUGCCCGGUCCCCCUGGGAGAGACGGCAGCAAAGGCAUGCGGGGGGAGCCGGGAGAGCCAGGGCUUCCUGGAGAGGUGGGAAUGCGGGGAUUCCAAGGACCACCUGGACCCCCCGGGCCUCCUGGACACGUUGGAGCUCCUGGUCUCCAAGGAGAACGAGGUGAAAAGGGAGCCCGAGGAGAAAAGGGGGAGCAAGGCCUGGAUGGAUUCCCUGGGAAGCGUGGGGAGACAGGAGAGCAGGGAAGACCUGGCCCUCCUGGCGUGGCAGGGCCCCAGGGAGAGAAGGGUGAUGUGGGGCCUGCAGGACCUCCUGGGGUACCGGGCUCUGUGGUGCAGAGAGAGGGCCUGAAGGGCGAGCAGGGAGCUCCAGGACCACGAGGCCACCAGGGCCCACCUGGGCCACCAGGAGCUCCGGGUCUGAUGGGUCCCGGAGGCAAGGCUGGACCUCCUGGUUUGCAAGGUCUCCGGGGGAAGAAAGGAGAAGUGGGCCCGCCGGGAACCCCUGGAUUGCUGGGGCCGCAGGGCCCUCCAGGACCACCUGGCGUCCCCGGUCCCCCUGGACCCGGAGGCCCCCCGGGUUUACCUGGAGAGAUCGGCUUCCCAGGAAAACCUGGGCACCCCGGGCAGGCGGGCCCACCUGGAAAGGACGGGCAGAAUGGAGCCCCAGGCCUACCGGGACCCAAGGGGCAGCCAGGAGAGAGAGGGGAAGACGGUCUGCCUGGAAAACCCGGCCCCAGGGGUGAAGUUGGGGAGCAGGGCCUGGCAGGCCGACCUGGAGACAAGGGAGAGGCAGGUGUCCCUGGUGCUCCAGGAUUUCCAGGCGUGCGGGGACAGAAAGGAGAGCAGGGCGAGAAAGGGGAGCUGGGCCUCCCAGGCCUGAAAGGUGACCCAGGCAAAAAGGGUGAAGUUGGUCCUCCCGGCCCCCCUGGGUUACCUGGAACGACGCCCCUGUUCACACCGCACCCCAGGAUGCCAGGAGAACGAGGGCCGAAAGGAGAGAAGGGUGAUCCCGGCAUGCCUGGCGAGCCGGGGUCUCAAGGCCGUCCUGGAGAACUGGGGCCUCGGGGACCCAUCGGAGCGCCGGGUGCCAAGGGACAAGAAGGCCCCCGGGGGGCACCUGGAGCGGCUGGAAACCCUGGGACUCCUGGAGCUGCAGGCCUGCCUGGUGCCAGUGGCCCCCCAGGAAGCGCGGGCCCACCUGGCAUCAGAGGCCCCCCUGGAAAAGAUGGGGAGCACGGUGAGAAGGGAGCAGCAGGUGAAGAAGGGAGUCCAGGACCAGCUGGUCCCAGAGGUGAUCCUGGUGCUCCCGGGCUCCCAGGGAUACCCGGACAGGGAAAAGAUGGAGAGCCGGGGCUUCGUGGGCCACCCGGAUUACCUGGACCUCUAGGAACCAAGGGGGACCGAGGUGCACCUGGGAUCCCUGGCUCCCCUGGCAACCGUGGCGACCCAGGCAUUGGGUUGGCUGGCCCUCCUGGACCCUCUGGACCACCAGGAGACAAAGGGCCCCCGGGAUCCCGAGGCUUACCCGGAUUCCCCGGCCCCCAGGGACCAGCUGGCCAGGACGGUGUACCAGGAAAUCCAGGAGAAAGAGGGCCUCCUGGAAAACCAGGGCCUUCUUCUCUACUGUCUCCAGGGGACAUAAAUCUCUUGGUCAAGGAUGUGUGCAAUGACUGCCCUCCAGGCCCCCCGGGCCUUCCUGGUCUGCCAGGUUUUAAAGGGGACAAAGGUCUCCAGGGAAAGCCAGGGAGAGAAGGCACAGAAGGGAAAAAGGGAGAUGCUGGGCCCAGGGGCCUCCCAGGGCCUCCAGGAAUCGCUGGACCACAGGGAAGUAAAGGAGAGCGUGGUGCAGCUGGUGAAGCUGGACAGAAAGGUGACCAGGGUCAUCCUGGAGUUCCUGGUUUCAUGGGACCCCCCGGGAACCCUGGGCCACGGGGAGCGGAUGGCGUUGCUGGGGCCGCUGGACCUCCAGGGAUCCAAGGGCCGCCGGGGAAAGAAGGUCCUCCUGGCCCUGAAGGCCCAUCUGGGUUACCCGGAAUCCCGGGAGAAGAAGGCAAAGAGGGCAGAGAUGGAAAACCAGGUCCCCCCGGGGAGCCGGGCAAAACUGGAGACCCGGGUCUACCAGGACCAGAGGGAGCCCGCGGCCUGCCUGGCUUCAAGGGACACACAGGCGACUCUGGUGCACCGGGCCCCCGGGGAGAGCCUGGUGCCAUGGGGCCCCCUGGCCGGGAAGGGUCGCCAGGAAAAGAUGGUGACACUGGACCCACAGGGCCACAGGGUCCCCCAGGACUAAGGGGCCCACCGGGUAAGAACGGAUCACCGGGAUCUCCAGGAGACCCUGGCCCUGCAGGAAGCCCUGGCCAGAAGGGGAACAAAGGAGACCACGGCAGCCCGGGACUCCCCGGCUUUCUGGGUCCCCGGGGGCCUCAGGGGGAGCCAGGAGAGAAGGGCAUCCCAGGCAAGGAGGGCACCCCCGGGAAGCCCGGAGAGCCAGGACCCAAAGGAGAAAGGGGAGACCCCGGGAACAAAGGUGACAAAGGACCCCCUGGUGGGAAGGGCCAGCCUGGGGACCCUGGAAUCCCCGGUCACAAAGGCCACACAGGCCUGAUGGGCCCCCAAGGACCACCUGGGGAGAAUGGACUGGCCGGGCCCCCGGGGCCUCCGGGACAGCCAGGAUUUCCGGGACUGAGGGGGGAGUCUCCCUCCAUGGACACCCUGCGGCGGCUCAUCCAAGAAGAGCUUGAGAAACAGCUGGAAACCAAACUUGCCUACCUCCUGGCCCAGAGGCCGUCGGCACAGAUGAAGUCAUCUCAAGGCAGACCUGGGCCCCCGGGGCCCCCAGGAAAAGAUGGGCUUCCAGGAAGGGCAGGCCCCAUGGGCGAGCCAGGGCGGCCCGGGCAGGGGGGUCUGGAAGGGCCGUCUGGACCAAUAGGUCCCAAAGGUGAGCGAGGAGCCAAAGGAGACCCGGGUGCACCUGGAGUUGGCCUCCGAGGGGAGAUGGGGCCGCCGGGCAUCCCAGGUCAGCCCGGGGAACCUGGCUAUGCUAAAGAUGGGCUCCCCGGGGCCCCCGGCCCUCAAGGGGAGACGGGACCAGCGGGACACCCUGGCCCCCCAGGCCCGCCGGGGCCCCCUGGCCAGUGUGACCCCUCCCAGUGUGCCUACUUCGCCAGCCUCGCUGCCCGGCCAGGGAAUGUGAAGGGCCCCUAG